AUGGCGUUCAAAGAGACUUUGAUUAAUAUGCACCGGGAAAAUGUGAAGGGGAGUUUCGGGGGUCGUCUGAAUGUUGUGCAUACCCUCAUGGUCCUGCACGCCUUAGAGGCAGCAGUGACUAUUCAGAUGUUUGUUAGCAACUACCUGUAUGAGUCCCAAAUGCACGGCUCCGGGUUUCUAAUUCACUGCAUCUUGAAUGUAGUAUUCAACGUGAUUACGCUGAUAGGAUUCAUUCCGGGAACUUUCUGGCUUUACUUGAGCCUGCCCUUCCACGUCAUUGUAUGUCUACAUCCCUCAUACGUUAUAGGGAUGAUUGUGGGAAACCUAAUCUUCUGGAUGUAUGUUCGCUCCGGUCUGAAUGAUGCGAAAAUCUUUAAGAAUUUGUUCUUCUUAUUGGUUACCCGCGGUCUUCUGGCAGCGGUCAUGACCUUGUUUUUUAAAUUGUACCUCAGUUUAACGGUUUUAUGGUACCACCUCGUCCUCGAACGCAUACGUGCAGCAGGUGGAAACGGCCGGGAAAUGAAAUCGGCACUGGAAAUUGAGAUGGAAACGAGAAUGGGACCGAACUGCAGGAGGGGUUCAUGUCCGAUUGAAAUUCUUUAG